UACAAAAAUCCCAGAAUAAGCUUCAGUUCGCUUCCUCAAGAAGAGAUGAGAUACUUCCUUACUGAUUCCAAGGAGCUCAAUCAAGGUUUGCAAGGCCUGUUCGAGAAUCCCACUGGUUCAGGGAUCUCCUUCCCAAUUGGUUCCGACAAGUCCAAUGAAGACCCUUUCAGUGUGUUCCAAAAAAGCACCGAUCCAUUCAACUCGACGUUGGAUUGGGUCAUGGCUGCCUCCAUUAUUUCCGGUGUGGUGGGGACUGCAGCAAUCGUCAUCGUCGUGUACUUCCUCAUCGAUUGCUUGAAGAAAGCGGGAACCGUGAUCCCGAGCUAUGCUGGGAUAGCUACCAAUGACUUGGAAAAAUUGCCAAAAGAUUCUUCGUCUUCGAGGGCAAUCUCCAUCAUGGAACCGGCUAUCUCACCAGCGCACAAUCAGGAGGUGCCCGUUGAGUUCGGUAUCUUGAAUCCCACCUGGUUUUCUGCAGAGCAGCUGGCUGUUUGCACCAGAGAUGACGCCACACUGCUCGGUUACGGCAAUAACGGAGUUGUCUUCAAAGGUGAGUUGCCCAGUGGAACUCCAGUGGCCGUCAAGGUGCUCAAGAACGCCCACGACAAGAAGAUGGAGGAGCAGUUUAUGGCAGAGGUGAGCUCCAUAGGAAGAACUCACCACAAAAACCUUGUCAGGCUCUAUGGCUUUUGCUUCGAGCCGACGAAGAAGGCGCUCGUCUACGAGUAUAUGGAAAAUGGGUCCCUCGAUGAAUUCCUGUCUGGGGACAAGACAGCGAUGGAUUGGUGCAAGAUGCAUGAGAUUGCUGUGGAGACUGCGAAGGGGAUUGCCUACUUGCACGAGGAAUGCGAGCAGAGGAUCAUUCACUACGACAUAAAGCCCGGGAACAUCCUUCUAGACAGGAACUGGAGCCCAAAGAUCGCAGACUUUGGGCUCGCCAAGCUUUACAAUAGGGAAAUCAGUGGGAUCCCUUUGACGGGUUUCCGUGGCACCCUUGGGUACGCCGCCCCCGAGAUGUGGAAGCCAAAUCCUGUGACGUCGAAGACAUAUACCGUGACCUACAAGUGCGACGUGUAUAGUUUUGGGAUGGUCCUGUUCGACAUUGUGGGGAGGAGAAUAAAUCAUGACGUUACCCCGAGUGAGUCGAUGUUGGGGUUACCACAGCGCACGUGGCACAUGUUACAAAAUGGCAAAUUGUUGGAGAUGGUCUGUGGGCUUCCUGAGAGUGAAAGAGAGAAGGCAAUGCAUAUGUUGAUGGUGGCUUUGUGGUGCAUUCAGAAUAAGCCGGAGGCAAGGCCGGCGAUGAGCACCGUGGUGAAGAUGUUGGAAGGAGAUGUGAAAAUUCCUAUGCCUGGAUAUCCGUUCGAGAAUCUCGAUCCAGACAAGCCUUCUCAGGGUUCAGUAAAUGGAAGUGAACGGGACUCGGACUCGUCCUUUAAUGCCAGGUAUUCUCAGGGUUGCUGCUCCAAGCCUUUGAAGAAAACUACAGAACUAGAGCUAGCUACCGGAUGAUAUUAUUAAUAUCCUUGGCAUUAUAUUGUAGUUGUACCUAAAGAUUUUGUCUUUUUAUUAAGUAUCCUUUUGCAUUGCUAUAUCAUAAUACUACAUAAUGCAAGAUGAUUGCUCCUCUGAUGCCCACAAA